AGGGCAGAAACAUGGAUACUUGACCGGACGGCACAGCACAGGAGGAAAACGAGACAUCUGGAAGAAAGCUGCAAACUUUUUUUUUUUAAUCUUUUUUUUUUUUUGAAGGACUUUGAACUUGGACACAGAAAGAAGAAAAAGAAUCGUCUUUGUUCCAGCGCAGGUGUAAACAGGCAGAAGAGGAAGUUUGUUCUUUCUCCUUCAGUGUUGGACUUUUGGACCUGGACGCAGCGAAGGCUCUCUGAGAGGGGGGAGAUGGGGAGAUGGACGUUACGUCUCUUGGUGGGACUUGGCCUCCUAGCCAUCCUUCUGGCCUGCUGUCACGCUGAAGCGAACUACUGCUUCGCUUCCCGGGCCAAGUCCUGCUCAGAGUGUCUUCAGGCGGGAGAAGGAUGCGCCUACUGCCCUGAAGAGGACUUUAACGGUCCUCGUUGUGACUUUUAUAAGAACAUCCUUGCCCAUGGCUGCAGUGAGGCGACCAUCAUCUCAGCUAAAAGUAGUUUGGAAAUCGAGAAAAAAAUAAAAAUUAACACGGAGUAUCAGCAGUCUCAGGUGUCGCCACAACAAGUGAGCAUGACAUUUCUUCCCGGGGAGGAGAAACUACUGGACGUGGAAGUGUUUGCUCCGACCAAAAGCCCUCUGGAUCUUUAUAUUCUGAUGGACUUCUCAAACUCCAUGAAGGACGAUUUGGACAACUUGAAGCGAAUGGGCAACGAUCUGGCUUCUUUGGUCCUGAAAAUGUCCAACGAGCCCACCAUUGGGUUUGGAAAGUUUGUAGACAAAGUGAUCGAGCCCCAGACUGACAUGAGACCCUCCAAACUUGAAAAGCCAUGGCCCAAUAGCGACCCUCCGUUUUCUUUUCAAAACGUCAUCAAACUGACAAGUAACGUAGAGGCCUUCAUUCAAGAGCUGCAGAAGGAGAGAAUAUCAGGCAACCUUGACGCCCCUGAAGGAGGAUUUGAUGCCAUUUUACAGGCAGCUGUGUGUGAGAAUGAAAUUGGUUGGCGCAAACACAGCACACAUCUUCUGGUUUUCUCCACCGAGUCGGCCUUUCACUACGAGGCUGACGGCAUCAACGUUCUCUCGGGAAUCCUGCAGCGCAAUGAUGAACUCUGCCACUUGGACCCAGAGGGCAAAUACACAGAAGCUACAAAACAGGACUACCCAUCGAUUCCCACACUAGUCCGUCUGUUGGGGAAACACAACAUCAUCCCCAUCUUUGCCGUCACUAACCACUCCUACACACAUUACAGUAUGCUGAAAGAGUAUUUCCCCAUCGCUGAGGUCGGUCUGCUUCAAGAAGACUCCUCCAACAUCCUGCAAGUCAUGGAGACUGCCUUUGAGAGUAUUCGGUCUAAGAUGAGUAUCCGUGCAGAGGAUAAACCCAAGGCUUUUGAGGCCCAGUUCUUGAAAACCAACGGGCAGAUUGCGCAGUACGGCGCCUUUGACGUCAAGCCUGGAGAGAUCCUGGUCACAAUGUCGUCACCACCCUCUUUAUAG